AGAAAGAGAGAGAGUGUGUGUGUGUGUGUGUGUGUAAGCGAGAGAGUGACGUCAGUCCGUGUCUGUAUAAAGUCUCUCUGAACUGAUGGCGAAUGAUCAGAAACCAGCAGCUCGAGGAACUUCAGCAGUCUUUUCUUAUAAACUCUUGUUAAUGUUCGUUCUGAAGAUGUUUCGCGUGUUUUCGGCUGUUCUGCUGGUGUGUGUGUGUGUGUGUGUGAGCGCGGAGCGCGCGGAUUUAUCGAGAGACUUCGGAGUGAAACUGUGCGGCCGCGAGUUCAUCAGAGCCGUGAUCUUCACCUGCGGAGGCUCCCGGUGGAGGAGGAGUGCGCAGGGCCCCGGUGAGCUGCUGUUUCAGGCCGCGCGGGACACAGAUGAAGAGCCGUCUCUCCCGGAGCUGCUUCCGGUGAUGAUGAGCGACAGACCGGAAGCGCCCGACCGGCGGAAGCGGAACCUCUCUCUGGGACUGGCAGGAAUGUGCUGCAAUCAGGGCUGCACCAAAAACGACAUCGGCCUCCUGUGCUGAUGCUG